GAUAUGCGAAAGGCUAUUGUUAAUGUUUUAUUUAUACAAAGAAAACUAUUAGAUGAAGAGUGUAUAAGGGAGCUACUCCGAGAAGUGCCCGAGAUAGUAUAUGACCUGCUUAUGCAGUUUUAUGAUAGGAUCAAGUCCGAGCCAUACCUGUCGAUAUAUUUCAGAUAA